CAUAUUUUUCUGGGACGCAAGAGGAAAGCCCGAAUCACAAUAGCGUUACACUUUUUGUUAUCCGUUUCGCGAACAGUCGCUCUAACAAUUCUUCACCGUCCUGUAUAUCCGUCCGCAGCUGCUUAGGGCUUUCUUGGAAGUGGUAGAUUUGAGAAGGAUUUUGGAUUGAAGGAAGAUCGAUGGGCUACGACGCGAUGGCGAACGAAGCUUCCGUGCCGGCGGCCAUCUCGAGGGAUUUCGGGAAGAAGAAGAAGGUGAACAGGUCAGCUAAACUGAAACAGUGCAAGCUCGAUGCUCGGAGGGAACAGUGGCUGUCGCAAGUGAAGAAUAAGGGCUGUAUGGACGGGAGCACGGGGACUAUGACAACGUCGCCUUCUCACCCAAAGAUAAGUCUUCCUAGUCCCGGUCAGGGUGUGCUGGGUAGUAGGCCUAGGAAAAUGUUGCCUCGCGUUGAGAUGGAGCCGGAAGGUAUGGGGCUUCAGGACAGCGGUUUGGAUUCACCUGUUCAAAGCCCCACUCCGAGUGGAAAUAUGCAGAGAAAAGAUUGCUCGAGCACCAGCGGCAGUAGUGGGAGCAGUGUAGGGUCAUGCUCUAGAAGCGUAAGUGAUGCAGAAGAGGACAGACAGGAAGAGGAGAAGGGAGAGGAUAAAGGUGGACUUGAUGACUGGGAGGCCGUUGCUGAUGCACUCUCUGCUGUUGGUAAUCAUACUCGGACUAAUUCCGAUUCUUUGAAGACGGUUGUAGAUUCGAGGAUGUAUCGAAUUCACCAUAGUGAUACUAGGCUGGUUGUUGGGGCCACGAGGCCAGAUGCCAACCGGACAAUCCCCAGAGCCUGGAAACCGGAUGACGCUGCACGCCCGCAGUGCUUGCCCAAUCUCUCAAAACAGCUUAGCUUCCCUGUGAAUAUCGAACGCCAUUUUGCUACCUCUGGGUGGCACCGUCAGGCCAUAAUUUCAGCUCCCUCUUCAUGCCCCAUCUGUGUGGAGGAUUUUGACCUCACAGAUUCAAGCUUUCUUCCCUGUUCUUGUGGUUUCCGUAUCUGCCUUUUCUGUCACAAGAAGAUCCUAGAAGAGGGUGAUGGGAGAUGCCCUGGAUGCAGGAAGAAGUAUGAUAGGGUGGCAUGUAUGGAGAAUAGCGUUACUGGCACAGGGCUGUCAUUGCCUCGUCGGAUCACUCGUUCCUGUAGCAUGAAUUCAAGGUCUUAGAAAAGAGGAAGGUCUUGUUAUAUAUCUUCCCUUGUUUUUGACAUGCAUGCAGCGUACGCUAGUGGUUUAUCAUGCUUUCCAGACAUUUUGCAUGUUGUGUUUUCUGAAUUAAAGGAAUGUGAAUAUGGCAUAGGAUGUGGAACGCUUUUGACAGUUUCGGAAUUUUAUAGAACCUUUCUAUGCAUUAGAUUCUUGCAAUGUGUCAAUGGAAUAGGCAAUACCUGAUGUGAAUAGAUAUGUGGCUGUGAACUUUAUACGUUGAGAUCUAUUAUAUGGUAGUUAAUAUUGGAUACUGUUUUUUA